AUAAGAAACCCAGCGCUUUGUAUUCGAAUGUCUGUGUUUCUCUCUGUUUUGACACAACGGAUCGAUUUGCAGAAGCGAAUGAAAUCGGAUCCUGCGGUGCUGCAAUAAAGGCCGCUGCUGGAGCAUCGAGCUGGAUUUAACCGCUGCAUUAAAGCGAGGGUGCAGAAUGUUCUCUUGUAUACCAGAUGAAGAGGAUGGUGACCACUCACUCUGAUUAGUGUGGCUGACAGCACAGAGACCAGUUUCUUAGAGACAUGGCUGAGCCACCCUUAUACUCCCCCCUUAAUGAUCUAGAUAAAAUCUAGAUCUAGACUGCCCUUUGAUUCCAACUUCUCAGUCUGAUUUGUGUGUAACACGUCCUUCACCCCUCGUUUGCUCAUGAUUCUUCUGGCCUUUCUCCGUCUCCGCACCUGUGUUUCGUCUAAUUUCCCUUGGUGCCUCGACACUCCUUCAUUGUGCUUGGUGUCGUGAUGCUGUGCUGUGGCCGAGCUUUGGACUCCCCCUGUACUCUGGCUCUUCUGGUGGGCUUCCAGUUUGCGUUUGUGCUGUAUUUUUCUUUGGGAGGAUUCCGUGGCCUUGUCUCAGUGCUGGUGCACUCCUCAGAACCGGAAUUCGACUACUCCCGCCCACACGAUGUUUACACCAACCUCACCCAGCUCAGUGUCUUACAGCCCCCUCAACCUGCCCCCAGUGGGGCUGAACAGAAGCUCAAGGACUGCCCGCUGCCCUCACCACUCCUUGUGGGUCCCUUAUCUGUGCGCCUGUCCUCACCCCCCUUACUGGAGGAGAUAAAAGAGAAGAACCCUCUGGUGUCUCCAGGGGGGCAUUACCGCCCGCCUGACUGUGAGCCAAGACACCACACAGCCAUUGUGGUCCCCUACCGGAACAGAAUGAGCCACCUGCGAACGCUCCUCUACCAUCUGCACCCCUUCCUGCAGAGACAGCAGAUCCACUAUGGCAUCUACGUCGUACAUCAGUCAGGGAACUCGACAUUCAACCGAGCAAAGCUACUAAACGUGGGAGUAAAGGAGGCUCUGAAGGAGAAGGACUGGGGUUGCAUCUUUCUUCAUGAUGUGGACCUGCUGCCAGAAAAUGACCACAACACCUACACAUGCCACCCGCAGUACCCCACACACCUCUCUGUGGCCAUGGACAAGUUUAGAUACAGACUGCCAUACCCGCAGUACUUUGGAGGAGUGUCGGCCGUCACUCCAGGACAGUACCUCAAGAUGAAUGGCUUUCCGAACCAGUACUGGGGCUGGGGAGGAGAGGAUGAUGAUAUUGCUGCCCGCCACUGGAAGGGUCAGGUUCGUCUCUCUGGGAUGAAGAUAGUCCGCCCUCCUGUGGUUGUUGGACAUUAUAAGAUGAUUAAACAUAAAGGAGACCAGGGUAAUGAGCAGAACCCCAGAAGAUCAGCUUGGCUAGAGAGAGGAAACUCUCUAUUGGUGGAGAGGAAGCAUGACGCAGUUGGGCAAUUGGAUGCGCUAAAAGGGAGGAAAAGGUUCGAUUUGUUAAAGCGUACCAGGUUAAACUGGAGAUCAGACGGAGUCAACUCACUAACAUAUGAACUACUGUCCAAAGAGAUGGAGCCGCUCUACACCAACCUGAGUGUCAACAUCGGGCAAAACCUUCGCCCUCCUCCCAAAAAAUUGGAGCCCCCUAAAAAUGCCUCUCAAACUAGAACCAAACCUGAAGACAGGGGGAAUGUGAAUGGACUGGUAGCACUGGCCUCUACGCAAGCUACCAAAUUAGAGCAAGGACACUUGUCUGCAGCCAAUAGAAGUUCAGACGUUCCAAGAGCUGCUGGGAAACAGGCACCUGUUUGAUAACUUGGUGCAUGUGGUCACUGCCAUACACAUGGAUUUGGAGGGUGCGAGUUGGAUUUAUUUUUAAUAGAUAUAUCAUGAAGCUUUGCACUGAGGUUAGCUGGCUGGUAAGUCAUUCCACUGAACAUUGUUUUGAAUGUCUCUAAUACUAGCAUGAUGUUACACCUACUGUAGGAUCUCCUCGCCACGGAAUUCAUCAAGGUGUGAUUCUGAGCUAAAUACUGUAUUGUGUGGUUAUGCUGUAGAGACAUUAGCAUCAAAGCUAGUCCUGGGUGCUUACCGAGCCAGUCUACUGCUAAUCUUCACCCUAACAUCUGGGUUUUGUCUCUUUGUGCCUUUAGAACCGGUUUCUAUCAGCGUCUCACUACAUCAGUUCUAAAUCUUAUAUCAGCCCAUGCAGCUUUGUGAUCUAGUGCUUCGGCAGACUGUUAUCACUGUGGUCUAUUGUUCGUUUUCUGAAAAUGAGUGACUUAUCAUAUUUGCACAGUUUUUUUGUCUUUUUAGUAUUGAAAUCUGAUCUAACACAGGCCUGUUACAAUUAUUAUAUAAUUGGCCAAUCACAGUGAUCAAAACAAGGGUUUAACCCCUUUUAUUUGAUAAAAUUUUAGUGUAUUUAUCCAUUUUAGAUUUACACACAAUGUCUUUCGACAUUAUAUGAGGGAUCUUCAAAAGGUUUCCGCACUUUUAUAUUUUGGUUGGAAACGGUGCAGGUGGGAGGAAUAGUAAUUGGUCGUGUCUGAGAGACUGAGAUAGAGCUUAUAGUCUGGAUUUAGUGCCAUCUGAUUUCCACCUUUUUGUAUGCUCAAAGAAGCUUUAAGAGAAAGAACAUUUUCAUGUGAUGAUGAUGUGAAAGCAGCGGUUCAUCAGUGGCUACGUGCUCAACCAAACACAUUUUUUGCUGAUGGCAUUAAAAAGUUGGUAUGACGCUGGUAAAAAUGCAUCGUAAGAUGAUUAUGUAGAAAAGUGAUAAAAUUUAUUUUUUUAAUAUUUAAUAAAUAAAGUUUAAAAAGUGCGAAAACUUUUUGAAGAACUUAAAAAUGCAAAGAUGAGCCAAAACAUUAGGACCAUCUACCUAACAGCAGCUCUGAUUUAAUAAGGCAUGGACUCCACAAGACAUCUGAAGAAGUCUUGUACCUGGUACCAGGACAUUACCAACAGAUGGAUCGUCCUACGAUGGUCCUACGCAAAAAUCCAACUGUGAAAGGCAAUUUCAUAAUUGCAACAGGCCUGACAUAACACUAAUGAUAAAGUUUUCCAUCAGGCUGUUUGAAUUACUAUGAAUAGGAAAAAUGUUAUUGUCUGGUGUCUAAGUUGGUUUUAUUUUUGUUUAGACAAUCAUUGGGAUAAGCUAGAUAUCUGACAAAUCAUUGUACAACCUUUUUAACUGUCCAUCUUAUCAUUCUAAAAAUCAUUUUAUUUCAUAGUUAGACAGAUUAGAAUAGUCUAGAAUUGCUACUGUUUACUAUUAUGCUAAAUAGUCUUUGCAUAUAAUGAAUGAAGACUUUUAAACAGUAGACAUUUGCAAGUUAUAGUACAUACAGAUUAAGAAUUAGGUUUGCUAAACACAAAUGCAACAGUAUGUGGUCAAAAGUAUGUGGUCACCCAAUCACUACAUCCAUAUGUGUAUGUUUACAUGUUAUUACAUGCCAUAUAAUAUAAAUAAAUGUGGCAUAGUUUUCCAGUGUAUGGACAGACAGAUGGACAGAACUUGAGUAGCUCAAGACACUAUGAACAUUGCCUACCAGAUUUAAGUAUAGUAUGAGAUAUAAAAGUCUUAAAUGUAUACAAAUAUAAAAGACACAUUAAAAGCAUCUGAAUUACACUGGUUGGUCCAAUGUAGUGCAGCAGUUAUACUUAUUAAGUAGAACAUACUGCAAGCAGCAGAAAAUCUAGCUCCUGUAGUAUGAAGUGAUAUAAGAUAAGAUAAGAUAAGAUAAUCCUUUAUUAGUCCCACAAUGGACUAAUAAAGGAUUAUCUUAUCUUAUAUUAUCUAAGCUUUAUUAAUCAUUAGUAUAGCAGCAUGGGGUCUGUGCAGCCCCUGUUAAACUGAGACUCAUUGUAGAGUCUGAUAUCAAUGUUGCUUUUUGGCACAGCAUGUUUUAGUCCGAUACUAAAUGUAAAACCAAAAUGCUAAAUGCGUUCCACUAUUUGCAAGGUGGUAAAUAGACAUAGUCUUUGAUGUUGAUGUUAGAGCUCUUAAAGGCUCUCUAGUGCCAAAUACAAGCCAUUUCAUGAUUAACUUUAUGGAGGCAUUGUCAUGCUAUAACAGGAAAGGGUCUUACUCAAACUGUUGCCACAUAAUUGGAAAUCCUACAUUGUCUAGAACUUCAAUCUCACUGAAAAUGUGGCACAGACCUUUAUUUGUCAUGUAUCAAGACUUGGGCUGGUAAAAAGUGUUUUGGCACUUGCCAAAGGUUUGUCUGCCAGACAACCAAGUGGUAAAGCUACACACUACCUACUACACCACUCAGAAGCUCUGUUUCGUUGUGGCAGAAGUGUUUCUCUUUGAAGUUUUGGAGCAGCUCUAGCAUAGCAGAUAUUAUAUAAUAAAGUUGUUGUAAUGGUGUCAUUCUAUAACGGUGCAAUUUUGAAGUCUCUAAACUCUACAACCUAUUCCACUGCCAUUGUUUGUCUGUAAAGAUUAAAUGAAGGUAUAAUUGAUUUUACACAUCUGCUAUCAAUGAGUGUCCUCAAUUUGUGUCCACAUGCUUUUGGCCAUGUCAUGUGUAUUGCUGUUAAUAGAUGGUGUUUUGGAUUCUUUAGGGUACUGAAUGAUUUUCCAUUUUUAUUUUUUGUUGUUUACUUACAAAAUUAGUUUACUUACAGUAAAAUUACUGAAUGAUUAUUUUGGAAUUUGCAUGGAUUUUGGUAUUUUAUUUUAAUGACAGUUUAGGUUUUUCUAUCCCUGUGAAAGAAUAUGAAUAAUGUUAUACUUAAAUCAGUUGUAAAGACCUGCAUAUACAGUGUUUACGGAAAAGUUGGGAGAACUUUUGGUCAAAUUCCAUGUUUUGUUUUAACUUAUAGAGACAUUAAAAAUGGAAUUCACCUGUACAUUUAAGUGCAUGUCUGUUUAUUUACUGCAUUUAAUAUAAUGAGAAAAAUAAUUUUCAUAUUUUAAGGUUUUAAA